GGUGUACUACAAUCAAUCCCUCGAGUUGCCAUCUUGUCAUUGACAGCACCAUCUCAAGAACCCUCUUCCACUGCAGUUGUUUCGUUCAACUUCCUAGAGGCCCUGCGUGUCUCCCCGACGUCCUCUCCUCUCCUGACGUCGACGGUCAAAGGUGUCCUGAGUCCAUCUCCCUUUCCGUUCGGCGGCCUGCCACUUGUCCACUCCUUACGCCCACGCCGACACCACGGAUCAUGUCCAGACGGCCUGCUGCAGGCGCCGACCGAGCCGCACAAAAUGCACAAACUUUAAAGGCUCUGGUCAAACUCGAAGGCAAUAAAGUCUGCGCAGACUGUAAGCGUAACAAACAUCCACGAUGGGCGAGCUGGAACCUCGGUGUCUUUAUCUGCAUUCGAUGCUCAGGCAUCCACCGUGGCAUGGGUACCCAUAUCAGCAGAGUCAAAUCUGUCGACCUCGAUGCCUGGACUGACGAACAACUUCAAAGUGUGUUAAAAUGGGGCAAUACAAGAGCAAAUAAAUACUGGGAGGCCAAGCUUGCUCCAGGUCAUCAGCCAUCUGAGGCCAAAAUCGAAAACUUCAUCAGGACAAAGUAUGAUUCAAAGCGCUGGGUCAUGGAUGGCCCCAUGCCGGAUCCUUCUACGCUGGAUGUCGAUGGUGAUGACAACGUUCCCCUAUCUAUUGUGCAGGAAAAGGCCACGAUCGAGCGCUCUACGUCCCAAAGACAGCCCACAGUAGCAAGUUCCGCCUCGGGAGGCACUCAACCGCUGGCUCGCCCUGCUCCUGCGUCCAACGUGAAUCUGUUCGAUGAUUUCGGUCCAAGCCAGCCCCCUGUACGCCCAAAUACUGCCGACAUUGCCCAACCGAGACCGUCCCAAACGGCACCUCCUGCCCCCAAACCAGCAGCAAAACCGCAAGACUCCCUGCUUGGACUGGACUUUUUUGGCAAUGCUCCAUCUGGUCCCGCUCGACCGUCAAGUGCGGCGUCAAACCCUCUUGGAGCUACGAAUUCGCGAGGUGAUCUGAAGAGCUCUAUUCUAUCCUUGUAUGCGAGCGCACCUAAGCCUCAACCGGCCCCUCAACAGCAGCAUGCACGUGAGCCUUCCUUUGGCGGCGCACCAUCAGUUACAUCCAAACCUGAUGCCUUUGGAGGGCUGGCUGACGCAUUUGGUGGAUUGAGCUUCCCCAGCUCGGGCUCGGCUGCAAAAUCUCCCUCGCCACCACAGGCCUCUUCAUCGUCGGCUUUCUCUGGCUUCGGCAACUUCACCUCCUCCGUCCCUGCAAAAGCGACCCCUGUUGCUCCACAAAUCACAUCACCGCCGCCUCUCAGUGGGGGAGGAUUUUUCGACAGCAUCCCCUCCAAGCCUGCGACUCAAAAAACGAACCCGGCACCAUCGGGAAAUUCAAACGGCCUUGACUUUUCCUUUGCGACGACAGCAGCCGCACCCCCAGCAACCAAACCCACAUCUAAGUCAUCGUCGUCAAUGCCUGUGGACCUGUUUGCCAACGACGACUUUGGCGGCUUUGCAAGUUCCACUCCUGCCUCACCCCCAAAGCCAGCUGCUCCACCUGUGGUCUCGCCAUUAUCUAGUGGAAGUCACAUGACAUCUGCGUUCAAUCUUUCGUCCCAACCUACACCACAAGCAGCACCGAGUAAGCCCACAGCCGUACCUCAAACUUCAGCCCUAUUUGAUCCUUGGGGUUCCACUGGAAACGACAGUGCCGCUUGGGGCGCACCGGAUCCCGUGCCGGCCAAAGUAUCGAGUCCAACGAUUGAGCUCGGUCGGCCACCAGCGCGGAUCACUCCGAAUGAUGUAUCGGGCGGCUGGGGAGAACCAAUCUCGUCAGCUUCCAAAUCAAAGGCAACACAACCUACGGUCACAGCGGAUGAGGAUUUUGGAGGAUGGACCUCGGCAUCAACAACACAAACACCAAUCAGUGGGCCACCUAAAGGCAACGGAGGCUUUGGGGGGGCUAGUGAUCCAUUUGAUAAUCCAUGGGGUUAGAAAGACGUCGAGAAGAGGUGUUUUCAUGGUCUAUUUCGAGGGACCAUAGCAGCAGGAGAGACCAAUUUAGCCUGCAAUCUGACCUGCUCGGUGACCUUGACUUGGUGAAAAACAAGACGACCGACGAGGUAUGAUUCGAUAGACAAUAUGAUGAGCAUGAUACAACCUACGUCUACG